CAAGAACACUCUAGCAGGGACACAUGUUGCUGCUGCUCGGGCCAAGGGCCCAAGGCAAUUGGCAGUUUGGAAAACUCCCCUCCCCUGGAUUGACAGCUCGUUCUGUCCUACUCGGCCAGCCUCCGUGGACAGAUUUUGACGCUUUCAGAAGCUAGCCAGCUGGGUGCCAUUGACAAGAUCCUGUCUGACCCCUCCUAUCCAAGAUCAAAGAGGCCCAAGCCAGUAACAGUGGCAUCAAAGGCGGCGGUGGCAGCAGCAGGAGCAGGAUGCCUGGGCUGCUCAAUUCGACCACCUGGGAACCACUUCCUCUCACCUCCUCUGAGAUCACCUCCUGUGUCCAGGGCUAUGCCUUUGGCCUCAUGGCCUCUCUCACCUAUGGCAAUGUGGAAGUUCAGCCUUUCCAAGGACUCUUCGUGUACCCCCUGGAUGAGUACACCACAGUGGUGGGGUUCGAAGCCAUCAUCUCUGAGAGAGCCGUGACAGUACAGAUAAAGGACAAAGCCAAACUGAACAGUGGCUAUUCUGACAUGCACCGACCUCAUAAUGGCAAGAUCACUCUGGAUGAAGACCUGGAACGCAUCGUGUUUGUGGCCAAUGUGGGCAUUAUUGGUCCCCUGGAAAGCGUGUCCAUCUUCAUCAGCACCUCCUCGGAGUUACAGACUCUACCCAGUGGAGCCAUGAGGGUUCUUCUGCCAGCCGUGUGUGUCCCACCUGUCCCUCACUCAGAUAACAGCAUCUCUGUCCAACAACCCCGAGGAAACAGGCAUAUUUGUAUGCCCAAGAACUUUGAACAAUCCAGCAAGCCCCUGUGUAUAGCCCAGCUGUUGGACAAUGAAAUCGCCAACCCCAUGGAGUAUGAGUUUAGCUUCCAACUAGAGAUUCGUGGACCUUGUCUCCUUGCAGGAGUUGAAAGUCCCACCCAUGAGAUCCGAGCUGAUGCCGCCCCGUCUGCCUGCUCUGCCAAGAGCAUCAUCAUCACAUUGGCCAACAAGCAUACCUUUGACAGGCCUGUGGAGAUUCUUAUCCAUCCCACUGAGCCUCACAUACCACACAUCCUGAUGGAGCAGGGGGACAUGACCCAAGGACAGUUUGAGCAGCACUUGAAGGGGAGAAGUGACUUCGCCAAGGGAACCAAGAAAAUUAUCAGCGCUCAGAGAAAGAUGGAAAUAAUCAGGAAACGUCUCCACAAGGAUAUCCCCCAUCACUCAGUGCUCAUGCUCAACUUCUGCCCUGACCUCCAGCCGGCCCAGUCAAGCCUUCGGAAGACCCAUGGAGAGUUCAUUUUCCUCAUCGACCGAAGCGGAAGCAUGAGUGGAAUCAACAUCAACCGAGUCAAGGAUGCCUUGAUACUCAUUCUCAAGAGUCUCAUGCCAACAUGUCUGUUCAACAUCAUUGGAUUUGGUUCUACCUUUAAGACCUUAUUCCCUUCCAGUCAGGUCUACAAUGAGGAGAGUUUGGCUACCGCAUGUGACAACAUCCAGCAUCUUCGGGCUGACAUGGGUGGCACCAACAUCCUGUCCCCUCUGAAGUGGAUCACCCGGCAGCCCAUACAUGUAGGCCACCCACGCCUACUCUUUCUUCUCACUGAUGGCUCAGUCAACAACACAGGGAAAGUGCUGGAGUUGGUACGAAACCAUGCUUUCACCACCAGGUGUUAUACCUUUGGGAUUGGUCCAAAGGCCUGUCCAAGGCUGGUGCAGGGACUGGCAUCUGUGUCUAAAGGCAGUGCAGAAUUCCUGGUGCAAGGAGAGAGACUCCAGCCCAAGAUGAUCAAGUCUCUGAAGAAGGCCAUGGCCCCUGUCCUCAGUGAUGUCACUGUGGAGUGGAAUUUUCCAGAGAAUGCUGAAGUCUUAAUCUCACCUAUCAGUUCCAGCUCCCUCUUCCCUGGAGAUCGGUUGGUGGGCUAUGGCAUCGUGUGCAACUGUACUUAUCCACCCAACUCCAGAAUUAUUCAGCCUCACAGUGCACCACGCUCCCAGAAAUCUGUGUUCUACCAUUACCAGGAUGAGGUAUCUGCUCCAGAGAGUGGGGACUGUACCCAAGAGGCCCUGGCAUGCAGCGCAUCCCAGCAGGGCCAGGAUACACCAGCAUUCAUCAGAGAUGCCAACCUGGUCCGAGGCUUAGAUCGCUCUGUGCGCCGGCGAGCGUAUAGCACCAACCAGAUUCCCGAACUCAAAUCAUGCCUCAGGAACCCUGCCACCAGUGACUCUGCCAUCAUAGCAGGGAAACAUCUACUGCGGAAAGCCCAAGGGCAGGACCUGCUAGAUCACAUCACCCCAGAGUCCUGCCUGUGGCAGGCCGAGUCCCAGAUCUCCAGAAGUACCAGCCCAGAACUCCAGCCCCUUAGGAUCACGGGGAGUCCUCGCAAGUCCUUGCCACGCCCGGGCUGCUUGUCCUUCCCCCGCUGGCCUGAGGGCCAGUCUCGGGGCCCAAUGAGAGACCAGAAAGACCAGGACCAGGGGGACACAGCGCUCUCCUUGAAAUCCUCCUCCUCCGACAGCCACAGCCUCGGGGACCAGGCACCAGGUCAGGACCCCUCCUGUCCCUUUGAUCCCGAGCUGGACCCAGAGCAGGAGUCCCCCUCCAAGGGGGAUGCAUCAUCUCAGGCCAUACAGAAGGUGCCUCUCCACUGCUCCCUGCCCCCCCGAAAUACCUGCAAGGCUGUGGUCAAAGGCAUAAGGAAUAACAAGCCUGUGAAGUGGGAGGUAGUCUUCGACCUGGGAGCCCUGGGCCAGGAGUUGCAGAUUCCUGACAACAUCGACAGCAAUGGCGAAUACGAUGGUGAUCUUUGGAGAAGGACCUUCCACCACUUGGCUGCCAAGGCCAUCAUCAGAGACUUUGAACAGUUGGCUGAGAUGGAGUGUGAGAUUGAACCCGGCUCAGGCCAUCGAUACCAGGCAAAUGCUGUGCACACCAGCAGGGCCUGCAAUGUCAUCAGCAAGUAUACAGCCUUUGUGCCCAUGGACCUCAGGAGCCGGGGGUACCUGCCCACCAUGGUGGAAUACACCAACACAGAUCUGGAUGAGACCAAUGUGUCUUGCAGCCCACCUUCCAAUGUCAGAACGGAAAGAAACAGCCUUCGGGACCGUUCUUUCUACAAAACAUUGUUCGGUCCUGUCCCGAGCCUUAAGGCCUCAGAGACCCUCUUUGGUACCAGGCUAAACCUGAAUAAGAGCAGAUUCUUGACUCGAGCAACCAAGGGGUUGGUGUUCAGAACCCCAGCACCACCCUCCAAGUCACAGGAGCUUCCCCCUGAUACUGAGAACAUGGAUUAUUUACCUCUGGUCUCUCUCCAGCUGGCCUCAGGUGCCUUCAUACUCAACCAGGCCUUCUGCGGGGCCACGGGCAUCCCCAUGGAAAAGCUCAAGUGGACCUCGCCAUUCACCUGCCACCGUGUGACACUGACCUCCUGUUCUCACAAUUCCUCCCACAACCAAGACAGCCAGGCCCUGGAGCCCAAGAGUCCAGGCCUCAAAAGGUCCAACGGCCCCUUCCAGAUUUUGGCCCAGAGCCAGCCCUUGCCAAACAGCUCAGAGACCUUCUGCCGCAUACCCUGCACCGAGGCUCUCCUGUCCCCAACCAACAACACCCCAAGCCAUUCUCCCAACCCGACCCUAGAGCCUGAUGGACCCGAACAGGCUGGCAGGGUGUGGGCCACUGCAGUGGCCUUGGGGUGGCUGGAAAACAGCUCAGCCUCCUACUUCGUGGAGUGGGAAUUGGUGGCGGCGAAAGCCAGCGCCUGGCUGGUAGAGCAGAGCGUCCCUGAGGGCCGCACCCUGGCCACGGUGAAGACUGCGGCCCAGCAGCUCUUUGUCCUCCUUCGGCACUGGGACGAGAACCUUGAGUUCAACCUGCUUUGCUACAACCCCAAUAGCGUAUAG